CUCUCCUCCCAGCGGCUCGCCCGGCUGCCUGCCCGGCCCCGGAGACUCGCCCCCGCCGGGCCGGGGGGCCCAGGGCGGCCGCGAUGGCCUGAGCGCCCGGGGCGGCGCCGCGGCGGGGGUGCGCGAUGGGGAACCAGGAUGCGAAGCUCAAGCGCAGCGCCGGGGAUGCCGCGCACGAAGGCGGCGGCGGCGGCGCGGAGGAGGCUGCGGGGCCCAGGGACGCGGAGGCCGCCAAGAAGGGCAGCGGCGGCAAGAAGGCCGCGGGCAGGCACGGCAGGGGCGGCGGCGGCGAGCCCGGCAAGAGGAAGAGCAAGUCGGACUCCCGGGGCUCCGUGUUCUCCAACCUCAGGAUCCGGAAGACCCUGUCCAAGGGGAAGGGCGCGGGCGGCUCCCGCGAGGAUGUGCUGGACGCCCAGGCCCCGCCGGGCGCGGAGCUGGACAGCGCUCCCUCCCUCGCCACCAAGACGCCCGAUCUCAGCCUCUCGGCGGACGACACGGGCCUGUCGGACACCGAGGGCGCCGACCCCUUCGAGGCGACCCGUGCCAGGGGCCCCGAGCGGGCGGGGGCCGGGGCCAGGGCCCGGGAGGCGGCGGGGGAGGCGGACGCGGCGGCCGGCGCGCACGAUGGACAAAGGACCAGCUCGGGCUCGGACACGGACAUCUACAGCUUCCACUCGGCCGCGGAGCAGGAGGACCUGCUGUCCGACAUCCAGCAGGCCAUCCGCCUGCAGCAGCUCCAGGGCGCGCAGGGCUCGGCCGGCCCCCCGGCCGCCUCCCCGGAGCCCGGGGCCUUCCUGGGGCUGGACCGGUUCCUGCUGGGCCCGGGCGGCGGGGCUGGCGGGGUCCCGGGCGGCCCCGAUGCGGAGCCGGCGCCGUGUGCGCUCUCGGACCUGCCCGCGCGCGCGCCCCCCGCGCCCCCCGCGCCCCCCGCGCCCCCCAGCGGCCGCCGGGACUCGGAGGCGCCCGGCCUGCGGGUGGGAGCUCCGGCCUCGGACUCGCCCGCGCCCACCGCCUUCCCGUUUCCCGAGGCCGCAGCCCCCGCGCCCGGGGCCGGGGACACGGACGAGGAAGGCGAGGAGGAUGCGUUCGAGGACGCCUCCCGCGGCUCCCCGGGCGAGGCGUGGGGCCCGGCGGCGGGAGAGGCCCCGCGGGGGCCGGGGGCAGGGCUGGGGGAGGGGGCGCCCGGGCCCGGCGCCCCCGCGGCCGUCCCCCCGCCCGGCAGCCCGGCGCCCGGGCCGCGCUCCUGCAAGCCCUACCCGCCCGUCACCCCCUCCUACGUGCGGACCACCACGCGGCAGCUCAGCUCGCCCAGCCACUCGCCGUCCGAGUCGCCCAGCCAGAGCCCCCGGGCCCCGAGGCGGCGGGAGGCCUCCCCGAGCCGCGGGCCCCGAGCCGCCGGCGCCCCCGCCGCCGCCCCGGCCGGGACGCAUCGCACCGACAGCGGCCUCUCCGGCGGCCUGAGCCACUCCGCCGACGGGACGGAGGAGCCGGACGCCCGCGCGCCCCCAUCCCGGGCGGGGGGCCCGGCGCACCUGCUGGAGCGCGCGGCGGCGGCGUCCGGGGCGCAGGCGGCCACCGACGGCUUCCAGAACGUGUUCACGGGGCGGACGCUGUUGGAGAAGCUGUUCAGCCAGCAGGAGAACGGGCCCCCCGAAGAGGCAGAGAAGUUCUGCUCCCGCAUCAUCGCCAUGGGCCUCCUCCUGCCUUUCAGCGACUGCUUCCGGGAGCCGUGUCACCAGAACGCCCCGUCGAGCUCAGCUCCGUUUGAUCAAGAUCAGCUUUACACCUGGGCUGCCGUUAGCCAGCCCCCCACACACUCCCUGGACUACACGGAAGGGCGGUUUCCCAGGCGAGCCCCGUCUGCGUGGUCACCCCCCGACGCCCCCGAUGAAGCGCCCGGGGCCCAGGACGCCGAGCCAGAAACGCAGCCUGCUGUUUUGGAAACUCUGAAAAAUUGCUCAGAUGCUGUUCAUCAGGAAGUUGCAGACAUUGGAUCUGAGGGACAGGCCACUGUGAUUCAGCAGCUGGAGCAGACCAUUGAGGACCUGAGGACCAAAAUAGCUGAACUGGAGAAGCAGUGCCCUGUCAUGGACGCGGAGGUGGCCGGCGGCCGUCUUGGGGUUCGGAACGGAGAGGCACCCUCGGACGAUGUCUGUCUUGCAGCUCUCAGGUUAGGAGAAGAGCCUGGCCGGCACCAGAGGAUUUUCCAGGCCAAGUCCAUCCAGACGUCCCCGACCGAGGAGGGCGGGCCACCCGCGCGGCCUCCUGCCACGACACUGCCAGAGGGCCCCUCACCGUCCGGACCUCAGACAAAAUUCUGCUCAGAGAUUUCCCUGCUGGUGUCUCCGCGGCAGAUAGUGCAGCUGGACGCCCAUCAGCCGGGGCAGCCUCCACCGCCUCCACCCCUGCCCUGGGCUGAGGGGCCAGGCCAGGCCCGGCCACAGUCUUCCCAGCCUUCCCUUCAGACUGAGUUGGACACCAGCCAUGAGCCGUCUGUGGCAUCGCCCUCGGGACACAGCCUCAGCAUCCCGCCCCCACCACCUCUGCCUUGCACAGCGUCUUCCGGCUCCACCUUCGGUGUGGGCACGGGGGCUCCCUCCCCUCCCCCACCCAGUACACCUCCUUCUAUGCCUAGUACGCAAAUGCUGCCGCCCCCUCCCCCACCUUUGCCUGGUGAAGAAAUACCUCCUCCCCCUCCUCUUCCUGGAGUGGGAAUACCCCCUCCCCCUCCUCUUCCUGGGGUGGGAAUACCCCCUCCCCCACCUCUUCCUGGGGUGGGAAUACCCCCUCCCCCACCUCUUCCUGGGGUGGGAAUACCCCCUCCCCCACCUCUUCCUGGGGUGGGAAUACCCCCUCCCCCACCUCUUCCUGGGGUGGGAAUACCCCCUCCCCCUCCUCUUCCUGGGGUGGGAAUACCUCCUCCCCCUCCUCUUCCUGGGGUGGGAAUACCCCCUCCCCCACCUCUCCCUGGGGUGGGAAUACCCCCUCCCCCACCUCUCCCUGGGGUGGGAAUACCCCCUCCCCCACCUCUUCCUGGGGUGGGAAUACCUCCUCCCCCACCUCUUCCUGGGGUGGGAAUACCCCCUCCCCCACCUCUCCCUGGGGUGGGAAUACCCCCUCCCCCACCUCUCCCUGGGGUGGGAAUACCCCCUCCCCCUCCUCUUCCUGGGGUGGGAAUACCUCCUCCCCCUCCUCUUCCUGGGGUGGGAAUACCUCCUCCCCCUCCUCUUCCUGGGGUGGGAAUACCUCCUCCUCCUCCUCUUCCUGGACUUGGGGUUCCCCCACCUCCCCCUUUGCCAGGUGUGAGUAUCCCACCUGCUCCAGCUCCCCCUCCCGGUCCUGGAACUGGCAUCCCCGCAGCCCCACCGCCACCUGCGCUGCUCCCUGGCCCCGGGCCCCCACAAGCCGGGGGCAGCACUUUACCAGCACCACACGCGUGCGGGUUUCUCCCCCCGCCGCUGCCCACCGGCUGGUUUGGAUUGGGGAUGAGCCAGGACAGAGGGAGCAGGAAGCAGCCCGUAGAGCCCUGCCGGCCCAUGAAGCCUCUGUACUGGACCAGAAUCCAGCUGCACAGUAGAAGAGACUCUGGUGCUUCGCUGAUCUGGGAAAAAAUCGAAGAGCCGUCCAUAGAUUGCCACGAGUUCGAGGAGCUGUUUUCCAAAACCGCAGUAAAGGAGAGGAAGAAGCCGAUUUCUGACACCAUCUCGAAGACCAAGGCCAAGCAAGUUGUCAAGUUAUUAAGCAACAAAAGAUCGCAAGCGGUUGGGAUAUUAAUGUCUAGCCUUCACUUGGAUAUGAAAGACAUACAACAUGCUGUUGUGAACUUGGACAAUUCUGUGGUUGACCUGGAGACCCUUCAAGCGCUUUAUGAGAAUAGAGCACAGUCGGAUGAACUGGAAAAAAUUGAAAAGCACGGCCGGUCCUCCAAAGACAAGGAAAGUGCCAAGUCCCUGGACAAGCCCGAACAGUUCCUGUAUGAGCUGUCACUAAUCCCCAACUUUUCCGAGCGGGUCUUUUGCAUCCUGUUCCAGUCCACGUUUUCGGAAAGCAUUUGCUCGAUCCGUCGCAAACUUGAAUUGCUGCAGAAGUUGUGUGAGACUUUGAAAAAUGGCCCCGGGGUUAUGCAGGUGCUGGGUUUGGUCCUGGCCUUCGGCAACUACAUGAAUGGCGGGAACAAGACUCGGGGACAGGCCGAUGGGUUUGGGUUAGACAUUCUUCCGAAGCUGAAAGACGUCAAAAGCAGUGACAACAGCAGAAGCCUUUUGUCAUAUAUCGUUUCCUAUUAUCUUCGAAAUUUUGAUGAGGACGCCGGGAAAGAGCAGUGUGUUUUUCCGCUACCCGAGCCCCAGGACCUGUUUCAGGCUGCCCAGAUGAAGUUUGAGGACUUUCAAAAAGAUCUCAGAAAACUUAAGAAGGACCUCAAAGCCUGCGAGGUGGAGGCGGGGAAAGUGUACCAGGUGUCCCCCGAGGAGCACGUCCAGCCCUUCAAGGAGAACAUGGAGCGGUUCAUCAUCCAAGCUAAAAUUGACCAAGAGGCAGAGGAGAAUUCACUAACAGAGACUCAUAAAUGGUUUUUAGAGACCACAGCCUAUUUCUUCAUGAAACCAAAACUUGGAGAGAAGGAGGUGUCCCCGAAUGUCUUUUUCAGUAUCUGGCAUGAAUUCAGCUCUGACUUUAAAGACUUUUGGAAGAAGGAGAACAAACUUAUUCUACAAGAGAGAGUAAAAGAAGCUGAAGAGGUGUGUAGGCAGAAAAAGGGAAAAUCACUUUAUAAGAUAAAGCCAAGACACGACUCCGGGAUUAAAGCAAAGAUCAGCAUGAAAACCUGAACAAAGGAAAACAGGAUGGUCACCCUCUAGCCACUUACACAACAUUCCACCGACCCGAAGGCCGGAAGGGAACGGCGUCAUUCCGAUCAUUUUCUUCUUGACCCCUUGCCUCGUCUCCGUGUUCUCUAGACAGCUGACUGAUGGUUGAGUUUCACUGUACGUUCCUUUGAACAUGCAAAAGCAGCAGACCCGUGGAGAAUGGGACACCUUCCCUUUUUGUAAAAGCUUAUGGUGUUACACGGAUAGACCGAGACAGCAUGUUAGAGGAGGCAGUAUCUGCAUUAAUUCUGAACAUGCUACACAUUAACCUAAAAUUUGCUUUUCUGAGGAUAUUCCUUCUACAAUAAGACUCCUUUCUACGGACAACCAGUGCUCCACAUGACCGCGUGCGGGUGUAUGGUUGAAAUGUCAUUUCUGGUGAGUUGUAUCAGUUCACAUCCACGUCUGUAUUUUCUAUCCUAAGAGUUAAGGACCGUUGAUCGAUCAAUCAUGAAGGCUUUCCCAACUCCUUGAGUUGCUCUCCAUAAAUAUAUAUUUGUGAAAGAAGAUGAUCAUAUUUUUGCUGGUAAGAAAAUGAAAAAAAAAAUAGAGCAGAAGGAAACCCCUUUCUUAUAAAUCAUUUCAUUUAGUCAGAAAUCAGUGUUUUGUCUAUCGAGGGCUUUUAUCAGACCGUCUUUGGAAACCCUACGUAAAGCGAAUCUGUAGCAGAAAGAAAGAAAAUGAAAGGUGUGCCUCUCUAUCACUUUGCCAUGGCCUUUCACAAAGAAAAUAGGACGCCAUAUUUUGGAGGAAUUUAAAUAAGUGAUGCUCAUAAAAGUAUCAGACGCGACUAAUUGUUGGAUUGGCAUCUGCCUAGAACUUGCUAAUUCAACACACCUGUUGGAGUAUUUUAACAUCGCUGGGACCAUCUGUGUAUGUUAUGGCAGGUGAUUCAAAGCUGAAAAAUGAGUAUGCAAUUAUUCAUCAUUUGAAGGAGCCCAGGAAAGAAUUUUACUUUAUGUUGGAGGGAAAAGAAUAAAUCUAUGACUCUUCUGAGAGUGCUUCGAGUCAGCUUAUGAUGCGUUGUGAUGGUUUUGUCUGACAUGAGUAGGUGUGGCUUGUAAAAUAUUAUUUCAAUGAUAUUUGUUGGGGGUUAUGGCUGUAGAUAAAGAGGAGAAUUUAUGGCUAUUGCAAACCCACUGUGGAAAGCAACUUAAAAAGAGAGCGUUCUGACUCGCAACUAAGUUUGUAUUUAUGUAAAGUAUGGUCUCCCACCUUAGUUUGUCGUUUGAGUGCAGAGAAACCGUAGUGGGGUUUUUUGGUUGUAGUUUUGCAGUCUUCCUGUCUCCUUCCCUCCUUCCAAUGUGUAUAUUAAUACUCUUCAAUGAAAAUAUAGGGCAUUUAACAAAGAUCGCUAUGUGCAAUACUGUAUUUAGUGUUUCUAUUUCAAUUUUUUAGGAUGUUAAUUUAUAUGAAAAUAAAAUGAGUAAUCAAA